GCGCCGCAGUGGUUGAGGGACAAGAUGGCAGCGUCCUGCAGUACGGACGCGGGGCGCACGCGUGACCCAUCGGGGCUGCCGUAGCCGGGCCGGGUCAACAUGGCGGCGGCCAGGACCGGGAGUGCGGCAGCGGGGGCCUGAGGCGCCGAGCCGCGCCGGCGCCGGGCCCAUGGAGAGCGCCGGGGAGCGGUUCCCGGCCGCGGCGGUGGCCGCCGUGCUGAAGCCCAGCGCCGGCCUGCCCGAGGCGAGCCUGCAGGUGCGGGGCUACGACUUCGACCGCGGGCUGGAUCACCGCGCCCUGCUCCAGUCCUACCUCACCACCGGCUUCCAGGCCACCAGCUUCGGGCAGGCGGUGCAGGAGAUCAACAGGAUGAUCGCGGCGAAGCUGGAGCCGCUGGGCGAGGAAGAGGAGACCCACGCUGACCUGAACCCCUGCCGCCGGCAGCCCUCGGGCUGCACCAUCUUCCUGGGCUUCACCUCCAACCUCAUCAGCUCGGGCAUCCGCGAGACCAUCCGCUACCUGGUGCAGCACAACAUGGUGGACGUGCUGGUGACCACGGCAGGUGGCGUGGAAGAGGAUCUCAUCAAAUGCCUGGCACCUACCUACGUGGGGGAGUUCAGCCUGCGGGGGAAGGAGCUUCGGCAGAGCGGGAUCAACAGGAUUGGGAACCUGCUGGUGCCCAACGACAACUACUGCAAGUUCGAAGACUGGCUCAUGCCCAUCCUGGACCAGAUGGUCGCUGAGCAGAACAUGGAGGGUGUGAAAUGGACCCCGUCCAAGAUGAUCGCACGGCUGGGCAAGGAGAUAAACAACCCGGAAUCGGUCUAUUACUGGGCACAGAAGAACAACAUCCCGGUGCUGAGCCCGGCCCUGACGGACGGAUCCCUGGGGGACAUGAUCUUCUUCCACUCCUACAAGAACCCUGGGCUGGUGCUGGACAUUGUGGAAGAUCUGCGGCUGAUCAACACUCAGGCCAUCUUCGCCAAGCAGACGGGCAUGAUCAUCCUGGGCGGGGGGCUGGUCAAACACCACAUCGCCAAUGCCAACCUGAUGAGGAACGGGGCCGACUACGCCGUCUACGUGAACACGGCACAGGAGUUCGACGGCUCCGACUCGGGGGCCCGGCCGGACGAGGCGGUGUCCUGGGGGAAGAUCCGCAUGGACGCCAAGCCGGUGAAGGUUUACGCCGACGCCUCCCUGGUUUUCCCGCUGCUGGUGGCUGAGACCUUCGCCCAGAAAGCCAGCGCCUUUGCCUCCGAGAAGCAGCGCGACUGAGACCCCCGGCCCAGCAGGGCCCCGGACUGGGCCGCAGCGGGGGGAGUCCGGAUGGGGAGGGGAGUCCUAGGCCCCAGGAACAAAUGGGCUCAUACCCAAGCCCAAUUUCCCCUCUCCCCCACCCGUCACCAGAGACUGCACCCACCCCCCAGCCUCUGCCCCAGGGCUGUGCUGGGAUCCCAGGGAAGGGGGGGAGGGUCUGGCUUCCGAAUUCACAAGGGCUGGGGCGUGCCUGGGCGUCAGGACUCCUGGAUUCUCGUCCCGGCUCUGCUGUCGAAUGGGGGUGGCCUGGCCCGCCCUCAGGGGCUGUGAAGCUCGGUGCAUUGAGGCCUUAGGUGAGGGCAGGGUUGUGACCAGCUCCCCCCCAGGGGGUUGGCAGAGCCUGGCAGCUGCCCCUCCCCACCCGCCUUGGGCCCCGUGGACUCGUGGCUGGAGUAGCAGGGCUAGGCCGGGACCCGCUGACGCAUGGCACGUGUUAAACAUGAUUUUUUUAUUCAGCUUUUGGGAAGGAACCACUGCGCUCCCAUCCCACUGCACUGCCCCAGCGGUGUUAGCAGCGACGAGCCAGCCAGCCGGCUUGCACCGUGGGCGAGCAGCUCCCCGCCCCCCCGUUAACAUCAGCGGCUGCGCUGCUGCAUGUCCUGUGCCUGGCGCCCUAGAGGGGGGAACGCCCCUGGCGCAGGCUACCAGAGCCCUGUCGCGAGGGCAGCCUGGGGGGAUGGGAGCUGGGCCCCCCUGGGGAGAGCCGGGGCGCGUCGGUUCUAACCUGCGCUACCAACACCCCCUUUUUGCAGUGGAGAGGGAACCGCCCGGCAGCGCUGAGCUCUGGCUCCCACAGGGAAAACAGAGUUUCGCUCCUGCCUGAGGCUGGUGCCCAGGUGUCAGUUUCCUCGCGGGGCGCUGGUCGUGCCCUCGCUGGAACGGAGGGUGACUGCGGGGUACUUGACCGAUGGAAAGGACGCCUGGUGCUGGGCCCUGGGGGAUAGAUUUUGAGGAAGAUUUAAAAAAAACAAAGCCCCAGAUGGAUGAUGGUUAGAGGCCUGGUGGGGGGGGGGGGGUCCCCUGAAGUCUUCUGAAGUGUCCCCACCCUCUGAGCCCGUUGUGGUUGUGUCCAGAUGCCCCCGGGGGGUGAUGGUGGGGGACCAGGCGGUUAGAGGGGGCUGUAGGGUCAGUGGUGCCGGGCAGGCCCAGGACUCCUGCAUGGCUGGGCCCUGAGCUGCUGUGUAGGGCGAGAAGUCGGGCUCACCCUCCCCCUUCCCCCCGCAUGCUCUGGGGCUCGCUGCUGCUGCCCCCCAUACUGUCCUGGCUGCCCCCCCUCAGAGACAGACCUCAAUAAAGCAGCUGCCCCAAG